AUGGCAGCUAAAUCAAGGCAAGCGGGGUUGGAUGACAUACAGGAAGAGUAUAGGAAGCAGUACAAGAGGAUUGGUGAUUAUUGCUAUGAGUUGCUCCGUUCUAAUCCAGGAUCCUCAGUGACUCUGAAGGUACAUAGGUCCCCUGACUUCGAGCAUGAGCAGCAACACUCAUCUUUGAACAACUAUUGCAUAUUUCAAAGACUUUAUGGGGCAGCUAUUGACUGCUAUAGGGUGGGACCGAAUGAUCAAAUGCUCCCUAUCGCCUAUGCCGUCGUGGAGUCAGAGACGAAGGAUAGCUGGACCUGGUUCGUGAAGCUACUAAUUGAUGAUUUCGGGUCUGAGACAAUUGGCAGGGCAACCUUCAUGUCGGAUCAGCAGAAGAAAGAAGUUCCCUGGACUGCAAUUAAAGUAAUUGAUGUGGAGAUGUGCAAAAGCUACACACUGGAAGGACUGGGGAGAGAAAUGGAAGUAAUCCGAGGGGUUAAUGUAGAGGUCCACAGGCAUCUGAACUCAAUUCCUCCAAGAUUCUGGAGCAGAUCCAGGUUUAGCUUCCAUUCUAAAUGUGAUACCCUUGUAAACAAUAUGUGUGAAAGCUUUAAUGGGACAAUAGUAGAUUCUAGGGAGAAGCCAAUAAUUACUAUGCUAGAAGAAAUUAGGGUGUACCUAAUGAGUAGAUGGGCUGUUAAUAGAGAACGAAUUCAAAGGUUCAAUGGAACAAUUUUACCUCGAAUUAGGAAGAAGCUAGAGAGAAGAAGAAGGGCAGUAGGUGAGUGGAGGCCUUACUGGUCUGCUGCACAAACUUAUGAAGUAGUCAAUGGGUUGAGCAAAUAUACUGUUGAUUUAUCACUUCGUGAGUGUUCAUGUAAGAAAUGGCAGCUAAGUGGAAUUCCUUGCACACAUGCAAUCAGCUGCAUUAACUUCAAGGGUCUUGAAUUGGAAUCCUAUGUGGAUGACUGCUACAAGAGAGAUGCCUAUGUCAAGUGUUAUGAACUCUCAAUCAACCCUCUCAAUGGCCCAGAUCUGUGGGAGCACACUAAUUUCGACGAUGUCAUGCCACCACCUUAUCGGAAGCCUAGUCACAGACCAGUGAAGAAGAGAAAAAGAGGACCUGAUGAAUCAAAGGCUACAUGCCAUACACACUUGUCUAGGAGGGGGCAGAUACAGAGGUGUUCAAAGUGUGGUACAUCAGGUCACAAGAGAGGAAGGUGCAACAAUCCACCCCUCCCUGCCCAACCUACUAAACAAACUGCUGCCAAGAUAGCUACUAGAGGAAUGAAGAGCUCCGAUUCGAAACCUGCUAUGCAAUCUGCUACUAGAGGGAGGAAGAGGUCCAGAGGUCAAGAAAAUUCAUCAUCACAGACCCAACUAGCCACCAGCUCAACUCCCAUAACCAGGUCCAAGUCAUCCCAUUCUUAG